AUGAAAUUACUUCCGAAAUUUUCAAAACAAAAAACAAUUCCUCGUUCACAACUUAUCAAAUAUGCAAUAAUUAUUUGUAUUUUUACAAUUCUAUGGAAUAUCAUUGAAGGAGUAGUUUCGAUAUUUUUUGGAAAUGAAGGUGACUCGGUUAGUUUAAUAUUUUUUGGGGUUGAUUCAUUCAUUGAAGUUACCUCGGCAGGUUUAGUACUAUGGAGAUUUUUAACUGAAUCAAAACCUGAUGAAGAGAAAGCAGUUCAAAUUUUAGAAGAAAAUUUAGGAAAAGAGAGAAAAGCUACAAUGGGAAUUGGAUUGUUAUUUCUUUUGUUAUCAAUUGCUACAAUUUCGGAUGCAAUUGUUGCUUUAGUACAAAGAAGGAACCCCGAAACAACAAUAGCAGGGUUAAUUAUUUCUAGUGUAUCAUUAUCAUUUAUGGGAUUUCUUUGGUUAUCUAAAAAAUAUCUUGCUAAAAAGUUAAAUUCUUCUACGAUGGCUUCUGAAGCUCAAUGUUCUUUGGCUUGUAUUAAAAUUACGUUAGUAUUAUUCCUUGGAAGCAUACUUUUUAUGAUAUGGAAAAAGGGCUGGUGGAUAGAUUCUACUGCUGCUAUCAUCCUUGGUAUUUUGUUUGCUAAGGAAGGGGUUGAUAUGAUCAUGUGGGCAAGAAGUAAAAACUUUAGUGGAGGAUGUUUUGAAAAGUUGACUAGUUUCACCAAGGUUGAUAGGGCAAAUUUUCGUAAGUCUACAAAUUCUGUAAGCAAAAAUACUUUAACUAAUCAAGAAGGUAACCAAGAAGAUAACCAAGAAAGGAAGCAUGAUUGUUGUUCUGACAAUAAAGUUUGUAAAACUUCUCGCAGCGCUAACGAAGUUGAUUAUAAUGAAACGACGGAGAAAUAUUGUGGAGACGACAAGACAAAUCAAAGUUCAUGCUGCUCUAAAGAAAGUAAAGAAUCAACUGAAAAUAAAGAUAAUGUUAAAUUCUCAUCAGGUGAAGAAGAAAAAGAAAAAAAUAUAAAAAUCAAUUCAUUGACAAUUGUUGAAACUCGAGAUACAAUUGAUGUAGACGAGAACAAAGAAAAAGAUUCAAGUUGCGCAUGUUGCCACGAAUAA